AUGACUUUUUUCUCAUACAAUUCUAGUUUACCAAAUUAUGAAUUGUAACUCAAUAUUAUAAUUUAGAGUACCCACUCUUUAAGACAUUAGAAUCUUGAUGUCUGAAAUCCUUGAUUAGGAGGUAUUCUUUAAGUUCUUAUAUAUUCAGACCACAGAAAACACAUAAUUUACUACAACUAAGUCUAAUCAGCAACAUUCUUAAUUACCAUAAUGUAUUUUUUUAACCAGAUAGUAAAAUAAUAAAUCUUCAUAUUGA